UGCCCGCUGCUGCAAUGUGUCCCCGAGUGCAAACUUGCUUGCUUCUCCUCGUCGGGGUGCUGACCAGUCCCGGCAGAGGGGGAACGAUUGGCAACAGGGACGACCGUAUAUACUUUGACAGUGCGGUUGGCGCAGAUCCUUCAGGUGAGGACCCACAUGCGAAUCAUCCACUUUGGAAGACCAGGCCCGAAAGCUCCCACCUACAAAAUGUUCGGGCCAGCAGUCCAGGAGUUGGAGGAGUGGAGCACUCCAGGUUCACACUGGAGGAGGCACCCACCACCAGUGCACUGCUGCAGACCUCUCCUGGGUGGGCCCAGCAGCUGGGGAACACAGAACCACCAAUGGUGUACAAGCCCCUGCUAGACGAAGAUCAGCUCGUUGCAUUCGAACUCAACAAGUUGAAGACAACCCUGCCGCCACCAACCAGCACCAGCAUUUCUGGAGAGGCAACUGCUCCUGUUGCUGUAGCAGUGUCCGACCAGCCUGAAGGCGAUGCGGAUAUCUCGUCGCAGCUGGCAGAGCUGCUCAAAAGCAUUCUGAGCGAGUCCGAAGACCAAGGAAAAUCGAGGACGCAGCAACCGAGGCAGCCUCCCAGAGUCGACGUCAUGUCAACUGGCAAACCACCCGAAAUCCACGGGUUCCGCCCACAACUAGAAGACGAUAUGAAGAGUGUCCUCAAGCUCAAACCACGACAGCCGGAACUCAAUGCUACCGUCCACCUGCCUCCGCUGCAAACUGCAAAGGUGCCUGCGAAUGAUGCUGAAGAGGACUUGAAACACAUUCUUCCGACUCUCGAGGAGACACUUGGCUGUAUUUUGGAAGACAGUGAGGCUGAGGUACUUACCUCGACCAACCGGCCGGUACUACCACCAUUACAUCCGACAAUGACGGACAGCAGGCAACCGCCGCACACGACGGAGGUGCCACUGACUGAUGCUGCAGAGGACUUGAAACACAUUCUUCCAUCUCUCGAGCAGGUACUCGGUGGCAUUUUGAAGGACAGUGAGGCUAAAGUACCUACCACAACCGGUCACUCUGUGAUACCACCAGCACGUCCAACAAUGACAGACAGCAAGCAACCGCUGCAAACAACGAAGGUGCCACCGACUGAUGCCGAUGAGGAUUUGAAACACAUUCUUCCGACUCUCGAGGAGGCACUCGGCAGCAUCUUGAAAGACAGUGACGUCAAGGUACCUACCACAACCAGUCGGUCAGUGAUACCAUCGGCAAGUCCAACAAUUACAGACAUCAAACAACCACCACAAACGACAAAGGUGCCACCGACUCAUGCCGAAGAUGACUUCAAACACAUUUUUCUAGCUCUUGAGGAGGCAGUCAGCAGCAUCCUGAAGGAUAGUGAGGCUGGAAUAUCUAGCACAACCAAUCAGUCAGUGCUACCAUCAGCACAUCAAGCAACAACUGACAGCAAACAACUGCUGCAGACAACAGAGGUGCCGCUGACUAGUGCCAAAGAGGACUUGAAACACAUCCUUCCAGCUCUCGAGGAGGCACUUGGCACCAUCUUGAAGGACAGUGUGGUCAAAGUACCUACCACGACAAGCCGGCCAUUGUUACCACCUUUAUCUCCGACCACAACAGACAAAAGACAACACUUUUCAGCAGUCCGGCCCCAGCCAGAGGACACCAUCCGACCCAUUCUGGAGAAAACUCUGUUGGAGCAGGAAGCAACUGCUCAACAGCAAACUUCUCCACCAUUUGUCUGGCACCACAGACCACCGAAAAAAAAGGAUUACAGUUUCGAUAACUUCCUGCCAGAGUAGGAGUGAAUGUUCAGGGAUAUUUUGCAUGCCCAUAAAUCCAAUCAUAGUGCCACAUUCCCUUACACAACUGAUGCUAUGAGCACUACAAAAACGCCUAUCUUUUCUGUGUCAGAACCCACAGAACAGUGACUGUUCUCCCAAGAUGACCUCGUAGUUACUUACAUGUUCCACAGUGCAAUCAGUCUGUCUUCAGAUAAGGAGCUUCUCUUCCAGGCAGUUAAACCUAUCUUGCAGGAUGUGCUCAAUACCCAAAAUUUGCACCAAACAAACAGUAGGCACAGUUGUGAAAUGUUAGAGUGACACUGGCAAACACUGUGAACCAGAUAGCUACUGUCAGAUGGCGUUAAGCUGACGAAAAGUUAAAAUGGUUUGAGAUUUAAAAAAAUUCUCAAACCCAAUGAUUGGUAGAAGGGGAGAUUAUUUUAUUUUGAAGUGAACACAUCGUGGUUCAAUGUAAAGUGAACACAUUAUUUGUGUAUGUUCACAAAACAAAUUUGUGAUUGCAUUUUCUUGUUCUUAACCUUUCUUUGUAUGUUACUCUGAAAUUCGUAUUAAAAUUUAGUCAUCAUGUCA